CUAUUUGGGGGAAAUAACAUAACCAAACAAACGAAGAGAUUUUUCUUCAUUAGAACCCUCCAAAUUUGUUCCUAGCUGCCAAUUUCUUCCAGAAACCUUCAAUUCAGUUCCAUUUCUGGAUUGAUCAAGGAUAUGGCGAUGUCUCCAACUGCAGCUCUUGCUGCUCAAUUCCCCUCUUCCUCUUCAUUCUCUUCGUGUGAGUCUCAGUAAGAGACAUCCGAACUCCAAUAUUGUUAAUUUUCCGAGUUUGUUAAGUCAAACUGGGAUGGCUAGAAGAUCUCUUAGUGUGUGUGGUUUAUUUGGUGGAAAGAAGGAUAACAAUGACAAGGGUGAUGAAGGUAGCAAGGCAGGAUUUAUGGGAAAUAUGCAAAAUUUAUACGAAACUGUAAAGAAGGCACAGAUGGUUGUCCAAGUUGAGGCAGUUCGAGUGCAAAAAGAACUUGCUGCAGCUGAAUUCGAUGGCUAUUGUCAAGACGAGCUAAUUAAGGCAACACUCUCUGGGAAUCAACAGCCUGUCCGCAUUGAGAUAACAGAUGCUGCAAUGGAGUUGGGAGCUGAGAAACUCUCUCUUCUAGUGACGGAGGCAUACAAGGACGCGCACCAGAAGAGCGUUGAGGCCAUGAAAGAGAGAAUGAGCAAUCUUGCUCAGAGCUUAGGCAUGCCAGGAGGAAUGCCACAAGGUUUGGGCGACAGUCUCAAGUAAUUUGGAGAUGAUGGAUUUAAUAGGGCUUUCAAUUUUGUAAAACAGUAGUAAUAUAUUUGGUUUCCUGCCAUUUUUAAAUGUUACAUGUACCUCAGUAUAAGGACCUUUUUCUCUUUA